CCAGGCAUGCGUGCUCUACCUCCCAGUGUCUGACGCUCCCCGAGGAGCAGAUCGAGAAGUGGGCGGCGACACGCUGGCCAGUUUCCUGAAGCUCGACUGCACAAUACGAUUCAUGGAGAAAAAAAGGAGAAUGUUUUAGUCAGAAUACACAUUCGGAGUACACGACUGGACACCUGAUAGAUGGAGUAUUCAACACGAAGGAAGAAGAAGCUGCCAUUUUUUGUAACUCUUUAUGGUUUGUGGAUAUGACAGAGAAGAUGUGCUAAGCAGACAUGAAUGCUGUGGAGAUAAAGACCGGGAAUAUUAAGGAGGAGGCAGACUAUGAAUGGGACCAUGUGUUCCCUGUACAGGGGAGUCUGUCCAUUAAAGGUGAGGAUUAUGAACAGGAGACAUUACACAUUAAGGAAGAGACGGAGGAAAAGCCUGUCAUCAUCAAUGUGCAGGAACCUAAUAUUAUAGUCAAGAAUGAAGACCUUCAUUCAGAGUCCAACCUUCAGUCUAGGGGUCCUGAUGGAGGUUUGACAGGAUUAGUCUCCCCUCAGAGAAGUAACUGUGCUGUUCUGGAACAUUCUGUCAUUGUGAAGUCUGAUUUAGACACAAAGACGAGUGACAAAACGUCAAGGAGAACACCGGAAUGUCAGCCAUCCUCUACAAAUCAGUCUGAAGAAGAUAUACAGGAGAGUCGUAGCUUUUCCCCAUCUUCACCUUUCCAGACUAUACUUAAUGACAGACAACAACAGACACUGCAUCUUGAAAAUAUGAAGAAAUCAACAUCUGAGCCACAAACUUUGUCACUAGCCUCUUUGCAUUUUAUUUCUCAGCCUGUUGUAAAGCUAACAAAAAUAGACACAAUUGAUACUCAAAAAAAGGAGCAAAAUUCAAAUUCAGGAGCCUUGUAUGUAUGCCAAGAGCAAAGAAAAAGUCUUCAAAGGAAAUCCAAAUAUGUAGGAAGUCAGUUGAAUCUUGCAGGGAGACAGCCAUAUUGCUGUUCUGAAUGUGGAAAACACUUUUCUAAAAAGAAACACCUUGAGACCCAUCAAAGAAUUCAUGCUGUGAAGAAGCCAUUUUGCUGUUCAGAUUGUGGCAAACAGUUCAUUUACAGGAGCAGCCUCCACAUCCACAUGAGAACUCACACUGAAGAGAAGCCAUAUUGGUGUUCUGAUUGUGGUAAGCGAUUUCUGAAAAGCAGCCAUCUUCAGACGCACACCAGAAUUCACACUGGUGAGAAGCCAUAUUGCUGUCCUGAAUGUGGAGAAAGAUUUCGUGUCAAGAGCAGUCUUAACAGCCACGUGAAUUCUCACAAUGGAAGAAAGCCAUAUUGCUGUUCUGACUGUGGAAUACAAUUUGCUCAAAGCAGCCAUUUGGAAAACCAUAAGAGAGUUCAUUCAGGAGAGAAACCCUAUUGCUGUUCUGAAUGCGGAAAACAAUUUGCUCAAAAGGGUACUCUCCAGACCCACACAAGAAUUCAUACUGGAGAGAAGCCAUUUUGCUGCUCUGAAUGUGGCAAACGAUUCUCCGACAAGAGCGGUCUUAACUUUCAUAUGAGAAAUCACACAGGAGAAAAGCCAUAUUGCUGUUCUGAAUGUGGAAAGCGAUGUUCACAAGCGAGCAAUCUUCAGACCCACAAAAAAAUUCAUACUUCAGAGAAGCUGUUUAGCUGUUGUGAAUGUGGCAAACAGUUCUCUUACAGAGGCAGUCUUACCACCCAUAUGAGAAUUCACACUGGAGAGAAGCCAUAUUGCUGUUCUGAAUGUGGGAAACAAUUUUCACAAGUAAGCAAUCUACACAGACACAAGAAAGUUCACACUGGAGAGAAGCCCUAUUGUUGUCCCGAAUGCGGCAGACAAUUUUCACGACUGAGCCAUCUUCAGAAGCACACAAGAAUUCACAACACAAAGAAGCCACAGUCUGACUGUAAAGAACAAAAACAAUCAAUUCUAAGAGACAAAAAAGAGUCCGUAAUAGAGAGAAACAAAAAUAUCAAAAGAAAAGAAAAACUAAGUGGCAAAUUAUGUUCAAAUUUUGAAAAAUAAUAAAUGCUGUGAGCUGCAAAUGAAAUUACCUGAGGUCAAUUCAGAUGUAUCAUUAGUUUCCAGGAUAACCCUGGCUGGCUGUUUUACUCCAAAUCGCUCUUCUUCAUCAACUGCUCUCAUGCAAGUCAGCACCUGUAAGUUUCAUUUUCUUCAUAUCGCUUCUAACCUCAUAAAUCCAUUUUUCUGACUUACUUCUAGGCCUCUUACAAUCCAUCAAUAGAUCAAGACUUUACUUCACCCAGUCAUAAUCAUCUUUUCACAUCACAUGAUCAUACCACCUGAAGUAGCGCCUUUGCCAGUUGACGCUUAUAUUUUCAACAUUUGCUUUGCUGUGUAGAUUUACAUUCUCCAGGCUGUCGUUCAACGACACAUCACGUGUCCAUCUUAUCAUACACCUCUCAGUUAUCUCUAUUGUCUCUCUGUUUUCAAAUUGUAAUGCCUGUGUCUCAUUACCAUACCCUUUUGUUUUAAUGAAGUUUUCCUUGGACUUUAGUAAUGGUAGUACUUCUCAAAACCUUUCCAACUGCACAUUAAUCUGGUGGGCACUGCUAAAUCUGCCUCAACUGUAUAGGAUAUGAUAUCUCCAAGAUAACAAAACUUAGCCACCCACUGUAAUUUUGUAUCACCUUCAGUCCCUAAGUCUGAUGUCUUGCUGACUGUUUGUGUGAUUUCAGGCCGCUUCUUUUGCACAGGAAGGAGAUGCUGAUCUUUGUCAUGCUACUGCACCCAUUUGUCACAUUCCACGCACUUGGUAGAAGUUGAAUGCACACCUCUACCACAUGCACUGCAUGGCCACCUUCCAGAUUAUUCUGUAGUUCCCCAUUUUCCACCUACCUUCAUCUCCUAGAUUAAUGGAUAAUCUCCUCUCGCCCAAUCUGUUUCUCCAUUUAAGAAACUUUUCUGUUAAUUCAUCCUCACUGCCAUCAAUUGUAACUAAGUCCUCUGCAUAAAAAGUUCCACUGGUGGUCCUUCUCUUAUUUCUCUAUAUGCUGCUUCAAUUACUAUGGUCUGAACCUUGAUGUACUUCCACUUUCAUGCUAAAACCCUUGCUGUCUCCAUAUACUUUUACAAGCUAUUCCUCCACUCCCAUAGCCCAAUGUCGUAACUUUUCUUGGAAAAUAAUUAAGUGUUUUGUCUAAAUCUACAAAAGUCAAAAAUGCCAGUUUGCACUUCUCUACAUACAUUUCCUGAAUGUGUUUCACAAUAAAAAUUGCAUGGAAGGUCCUCACAUGAAACCAAACUGCAUUUCAUUUUUAUCUUCCCCCUGAUUGUUUGCUCGGCAGCCCAUUUGACAAACUUGAUCGCUCUAUAUGAGGCUCAGCUCAUAGGAUCCCUCUUAUUCUUGUACAGUACAGUACUAAUAUAGUCAUCCUGCCCUCUGGCACUUUAGCUUCUUUUAUGAUAGCAUUACAGAGAUCAGUCAGCCAUGCCCCACCUACUCCAUGAGUAUCUCUUGGUACGUGACUAGGGAGUGUGAGGGGUGUUCGACCCGAGUCAAGUGAUGGUUGACCCGGGAUAUAAGCCAGUGUUUAUGCCAGAGACGGGAGUUCAGUUCAGAGCAGGAGAAGGAGUUGCAGGGUGAUGUAUUGGCAGAGAAUAGACUAAUAUUCCAAUUUGCCAGGACAAGUCAUCUUUAACCCUGAGUUUUUGCAUAGGGGGAGAAAGCAGGCUAAGAAUUUUUUUUUUUACUGAUUCAUCAUUGCAGUUUUUAUGUGCCUUUUUUAUAAUUUCUUUAUGGACUUUUUUUUUUUUCUUUAAUAAAUACACCCUUUUAGUUAUUAUGUCAGUUGUGUCUGCCUCCCUUAUUGUUCCAACGACUCUGUCCUCUUUGUACUGAUACUUCAUGUCCCCACUGUACAAAUAGUUGGCCCUGCAGUCCUCCUUGUAAGUCACUUUGGAUUAAAGCGUCUGCCAAUCAAAUAACUGUAAAUGUUUUCUUCACCAUGUGUACUGAAACAAUGUGGGUAAUUAUAACUGGAACAUUUUUCAUUGAUUACU